CAACCUACCAAUGAACCCGACAAACAACACCUAAACCAUCAAAACAACCAAUCACCCAAACAAAUUCACUUAUUUAAAUUUUCGUGUGCCCUUUUGUUAUUAAAAUGUCAGUGUUCAACGGUCGUCCUUGCUAGUGUCCCGCUUGUGCAUCCGUUAACGCGAAACUUUCGUUUUCUGUUCGCAGUUUGCAAGAACUUAAUUUGGACCAGAACUUGCUAAGUUUGCUGCCUGGGACUCUAUGGGACCUCAAACUACUCCAAGUACUCAAAGUGGCUGACAACAGAUUGGCAGUUCCUCCAGAUAAGGGACCCAAGAUGAGGGCUUUAAUAUUAACGGAGGAUUAUAAGCCUGAGAAUGAGCAAAAUGUAAAUGGGUUGAAAACUUUGAACCUAAGAUCGAAUAGGCUUAAGGGGAAUAUUAUACUGGGGAAUUAUGGGAACCUAACUGAGUUGGAUGUGAGUGAAAACAGCAUAGAAAAUCUAGACCUGAGUGCGGUGGAGCAGCUUCAAAUUCUGCAGUGUUCUAGAAAUUCUCUAACGCAUUUGACACUCCACGGGAAAAAUUUAAUAUCUAUAAUAGCUGGAAAUAAUAGACUGAAAAAACUCACUGUAUCUCACCCACCAUUGGAUCUCAAACACAUCGAUGUCUCUUACAACGAGUUAGAAUCUCUACCAGAGUGGUUGUCGGGUUGUAGCGAGUUAAGAUCGUUAUUUGCAAGUAAUAACAUGCUUACAACUUUACCCGAUCAUUUGUUUUGCAAUGAAAUGCCCUAUCUGCAAACCUUACAGCUAGCUUACAACCACUUGCAAUAUCUGCCAACAAUACAAAGACGAUUGCUGAUACAGGACUUGUUCUUGCAGAACAACAGUUUGUCUAGUUUGCCGGACAAUUUUUUUAAGUUUGUUAGAAAUAUCAAAGUGCUAAAUCUCUCGAAUAACAGACUGUGUGAUUUACCAAAACCUGAUGAUGUCUUGCAGCUGGAGAAGUUGUUUAUAACAGCUAACUGUUUGAUUGAUAAAUCCUUGGAAAGAAUAGCACCAUAUUUAAGAAGUUUGAGAAUAUUACAUGCCGCUUAUAAUAGCUUCACAGGUUUGCCUGAGCAGUGCGCUCUGUAUUGGACGGAGUUGGAAGAGCUUGUUGUAUCGGGUAACAAACUUUUAAAGUUGCCAAAAAACAUAGAGAAGCUCAGACAUUUAUCUGUGCUUAGGGUGCAUUCAAAUCUAUUACAAACCAUACCAAAACUAUCCAACUUGCAUUCCUUAAGAGUUUUGGACUUAGCCCACAAUCAGUUGGAUCGCAUAGACUUAUCGUCGCUGAUACCGCCGAACUUAAAGUUCUUGGAUUUGUCUUGCAAUAUGAAGCUCCACGUUGACUCGCAACAGUUCAAUAAUUAUAGAACCCAACGCCCGAUGUCGUUGGUUGAUGUUUCCGGUAAGAACCGCACUAGUCUACCGCUAGUACCGUCACCGUUUUGCGAGAGCGAUCUGACCGAACAAAGUUGGUCGGUAGGUUUUUCCGAAACAGCAGGUUGCAAGCAAAGGUUGUACAUAUCGCAAAUUAGGCUUCCCGCUUUUUGCAAUACCGAAGCACUUUUUGGCAUGUUCGAUGGGGAAAACAACAGUGAUAUCCCUGUAGGUGUGGAUAAAGUCGUACCGAGGAUAUUAUUGGAGGAAAGGACUGUCAAAGAGACAGCUCAUGAGUACAUGAAGUACACAAUGCUAUCAGCACAUAGAGAGCUACGCGAUAAAGGCCAGAAGCAAGGUUUGAACGCUAUAAUCAUCCACGUGAUGAACCUCAAACAACAAGACUACUCUUACUGCAACUCUCUCAAAAAGUACGUGAUGAAAAUAGCAAGCGUGGGUGAUGUGAGGGUCGUGCUUGGUAAAGCCUCAGGUCCUGUAAGAUUACUACCGGUGAAACAACGCAGAUCUACAAGGACGACUCCGCAAAUACAGUUGAUGGUGCCAGAUCCUGAGGUAACGGAGAUUUAUCUGGACGAGCAGGAUGAGUACAUGAUCAUAGCCAAUAGGAACUUAUGGGAUGUUAUAAGCCCUGAGAACGCCAUAAAAGAGGUGAGUUUGCAGCGGAAUGUUAUACUUGCUGCUAAAAGACUACAAGAUCUCUCCCAGAGCUACGGCGCCGAAGAUAACCUUAGUAUUAUCGUGGUUAAGUUCAACCUGGGCAACGAUGUGGAUUUAUUGAUGAGGGAGUUAAGGCAGACCAUAAAAAGGAAUAAAUAUCAAAGUGAAAGUGGUAACUCCACAUCCACGUAUCAAGCGGGUUGCUGUUGCGAGGCACUAAACAGCGAAUGCAUCAGUUGUAUGGCAAAAAUACCCAUACCGCCCCCCAUGAUGAUGCAUGACGAUAGAUCGUCACCUAGCGGGCAGAGUGAGCACUGCAGCGAAUGCAACUCGUCCGCUAAACUCUUCAUCAACCAGCUCAACAAGCAGAACGAGAACAGAUCGAUGAGAAGCAUAACCCCGUCUAUUUUCGAAACAAACGGUUCGAAAAUCAAUCCCGAACGUAGGAGUUACAGAGGGGUGGCCAAAGCCUUGAGAGCUAGAAGGGAGGAGGAAAAGAACAGGGACGAUUCCGAUUCAGCCCUAUCUGAAGAACAGUUCAAAUGUUGGGAGUACAUGCUGGAGCAAAAUACGCAACUAUUGUUCGACAAAGAGUUGAACACUCUAUCUAGAGGUAUGAAGAAGCCUCAGUUCUCGAUAAAAAACCUACCGAUAUCGAGAAGUUCGCCUCAUUUAUCCGACACAAACAAUAAUUCUCCAAACAACAAUCAAGGUGCGUUUCUAUCAAAACAGUUUGGUAGCACGAGGUCUUUUAACCCCAUUCUAUCCCGAGGGGGUUCGAAAUUUUCUCUGGAUAAAAAACAGCUAUUAGGAGGUCCACACGCAGCCUAUUUUGGAAGUCUACAGAGGUUGAUGCCGUAUAACCUAGAGUAUGAUUUUGCUGUAAUGCACGAGCGAGGCUUGGCGGAUUCGUUGGACUUGGACAGAAUGCAGCAAUAUUGGGGUGUUACAACUACAGAGUUGUAGAUAGUGCGAUAGUCGUUUUCCCUACCGAAAAAUAUGCAUUUAUUUUUUUAGGACCUAGAGUAAAUAGAUAUAUGUGUUUCUUAAUCAAGAAAGGGUGCCUUUUUAAAAUUUUGAAAUGUGUAGAAAAUAAGAAUUUCACCAGUCACCUAUAGGUUGUCAGUUUUAUCGUGUAUACCAUCUUGUUAAGAAAUAUACUACUAAAAAAUAACACUGGUUGACAGCAAUUUUGUCACAUGAUGGCCAACAACUUUUACAGGGUAAUUUGAAUGCGCUGAUUCAAAAAAUCUUUUUUCUUAAUUAGCUCUUGUUUUAAAGAUAUUGCAAAAAUAAACA